AUGGACGGGUCCCAGGACAACUCUACCGAGGAUCGAGAGUUUGAAUUUACGGACUACACCCAAAGGGUAAUUGUGGCCACGCUCCUCAUGAUAAUCUCUGUGGUGGGAAUCACCGGUAACUCCAUGAUUCACCUGGCGGUUCUCCUGUCAAAGAAGCUGCGCACGGUGACCAACGCCUUCGUGGUGAACCUGAGCAUCGCGGACUGGCUGACAUGCUUUGUCAUCCCGUGGAACUCCGUGGCUCUUCUGAGCACAGACGGCCUACCGGUCAGUGAGUGGUUCUGUAAGGUAGUCGCUAUCGUCCAGUUCACGACCGUGGGCUGCAGCAUCAUCACCCUGGGCUUCAUUGCCGUGAAUCGCCUCAUGUUGAUCACACGACCGACAACCACCUACCACGUGUUCUUCACGUCCCAGAGGGUCACCCUAUGGCUCAUACUGAGCUGGUUGGUCCCGUUGCUGACCAGCCUCAUACCGCCAUUGGCAGGUGUUGGUGCUGUCGGCUACAACCCACAAUAUCAUUUUUGUGGAUCUAAACCAUCCAACCCUUAUUACAAUACGUACAACCUCAUCAUUGCAGCUGUCUUGUACCCGAUCCCCCUCGUCAAAAUCGUCGUCAGUUACUCCCUCAUUUGGAUUCACCUGCGCCGCCACGCCAAGAAGAUGGCAGGUGCCCCGAAGCAGCAAGCCAGAAGAAGCGUGCCGAUCGACAUCCCCAUGGUUCCCCCACAUUCGGAGGACACUAACACCGCUGAGCAUCCUAGUCGGUCUGACGUGAACACCAGCCCGUCUCGGAAGCGAAAGCGUCAAACGGACGUCACCAAGAACAUGGUCUACGUCGUCUGCGGCUUCGGGCUGUGUGCGACCCCCUACGCCAUCAAUCUGUUCUUCUUUGACAGAGGCCCAACUAUACCUUAUACAACUGUCAUCCUACUUCUUAGCAACUGCAUCAACCCCUUAAUCUAUGCGACCAAGCAUCGUGAUUUCAAGUUGAUCUUUGGUUUUAUCAUCCGUCGCCAGUGGGACAAAAUUCCAAAUCCUUCAGACUUUCUCAAAAAAGCCAGACAGGCCAAAUAUUGUUGCGCGAGAGAGUUAUAG